GACUGCAGUCAGUUCUCUUCAUCACUCUUGCGCUUAACGGCCAUCUUCCUUGUCCGCGACGACUGUUUUACAGAUAUGGCUGACUACUCCAGCGUGGCUCCGCCGUCAAAUGCCGGUGGAGGGGUGAACGAUGCAUUCAAAGACGCCCUUCAGAGGGCUAGACAAAUAGCGGCAAAAAUAGGAGGUGACGGGGUUCCCCAAUCUUCAGGUACAAAUGAAUUUGGAUAUGGAGGACAGAAGCGACCCCUUGAAGAUGCAGAUCAACCAGAAACAAAAAAAGUUCCACCAAGUGACCCCUUUUCUGCUGUGAUGGGAGGAAUGGGUGGCCCACCAAGUAGGUCGUUAUCAGAAGAGUUCAAGGUUCCCGAUGGCAUGGUUGGCUUCAUCAUUGGGAGGGGAGGAGAGCAGAUAUCAAGAAUGCAGCAGGAUUCAGGCUGUAAAAUACAGAUUGCUCCAGACAGUGGUGGCAUGCCUGAUAGGUCAGUGACAUUAACAGGCUCACCUGAGUCCAUCCAAGCUGCAAAAAGGUUACUGACCGAGAUUGUUGAUAAAGGCAGACCAUCUCCAGCUUUCCACCACAAUGAUGGACCAGGAAUGUCAGUUCAGGAGAUUAUGAUCCCUGCCUCCAAAGCAGGCCUGGUCAUCGGGAAGGGAGGAGAAACAAUCAAGCAGUUGCAGGAACGUGCUGGAGUAAAAAUGGUCAUGAUUCAAGAUGGACCCCAAAAUACAGGUGCUGAUAAACCACUCCGGAUCUCUGGAGAUCCUUUUAAAGUUCAGCAAGCUAAAGAUAUGGUGAUGGAUCUGAUCAGAGAUCAAGGUUUCCGUGAACAGAGGGGAGAAUAUGGUUCUAGAAUAAGUGGAGGAGAGAGUCUGGAUGUCCCUGUGCCAAGGUUUGCAGUGGGAAUUGUGAUUGGCAGGAGUGGUGAAAUGAUCAAAAAGAUUCAGAAUGACACUGGUGUGAGGAUUCAGUUUAAACCAGAUGAUGGCACCACACCAGAGAGAAUCGCUCAGAUCAUGGGGCCUCCAGACCGGGCACAGCACGCAGCAGACAUCAUAACUGAUCUGUUAAGGAGUGUACAGCAAGGAGGGCCCCCUGGACCUGGAGGGAGAGGAAGAGGGCGUGGACAGGGAAACUGGAACAUGGGUCCCCCUGGAGGCCUGCAGGAAUUUAAUUUUACCGUCCCUACCAUGAAGACCGGCCUCAUUAUUGGCAAAGGGGGUGAAACCAUUAAAAGCAUUAGUCAGCAGUCAGGAGCCAGAAUAGAGCUCCAGAGAAACCCUCCACCUAAUGCAGACCCAAAUAUAAAGAUGUUUACAGUUCGUGGCACACCUCAACAGAUUGACUAUGCCAGGCAGCUGGUCGAGGAGAAGAUUGGAGGUCCCGUUAGCCCUAUGGGAGGCCCUCAUGGUCCUCCUGGGCCACAUGGAGGCCCUUCUCAUGGCCCACCUGGUCCACAGGGACCUCCUGCUCCCAUGGGACCCUACAACCCUGGACCGUAUGGUCAAGGACCUCCUGGACCACAUGGCCCUCCAGCACCAUACCAGCCACAAGGUUGGGGCAAUGGAUACCCCCAAUGGCAACAAGGACAGCCAGAUCCCAAUGUGUGCUCUCCAGAUAAAGCUGCGGCUGACGCGAACGCUGCCGCUUGGGCAGCCUAUUACUCUCAGUAUCAACAGCAGCCUCAGGGCCCCAUGACGCCCACCACAGCUGCCCCAGGCACAGCCCAAUCCAACGGACAAGGUGACCCGCAAGCUCCAGGUCAAAGUGGACAGGCAGAUUACACCAAGGCCUGGGAGGAAUAUUACAAGAAAUUGGGUCAAGGACAGCCUCAGCAAGACUACACCAAGGCAUGGGAAGAGUACUAUAAGAAACAAGGUCAAGCCGCUCCUCAGGCGGCUGCAACAGCGGCGACAUCUCAGCCGGGAGGUCAGCCAGAUUACAGUGCAGCGUGGGCAGAGUACUACAGGCAGCAGGCAGCGUACUACGGCCCGGGAGCCCCUCAGUCUAUGGGAGCUGCACCCCAGGCUCAGCAGGGCCAGUAAUGUGAAGUGGACAUAAAGUAAAUGCUACAUUGUCUGAAAAAAACCUUUGUUAAAUGUUUGGAUGCAGACGCCAUGAUGAAGAUCUUAAUUUCAUUGGUUUGAGUGUAUAAACUAGAUCGCAGACCAGCUCCACAGUCAAGUAUAUAUAAAUAUUUUUCCUUUUUGUUUGUUCACUCUUGUAAAUGAACGGUUUGUUUUUAGUCCGGUAAUAUUGGUCAUUCCAGCUCCUGUAUCUCCUGUAUCAUUAUGUAGUGUUGAGACUAAACUAGUCAUUUCCAUGUAAAUCAUCUCAGUUUUAAUAUGAUAUGCCUGUUGUGUUUUGCAAUAAAACAAAAUGAAACCUCCUUUGUUGGUAAGUGGGGUGCAAAUGUGGGGUGGAGCGCAUUUAUUUCCUGUCGGGAUAGGGUAUAGUUUGCCCCCCAAGGCAUGAGUUUCUCUCUCUCUCUCUCUCUCUCUCUCUCUGUUCAUAUUUACCAAAUGGAAAUUUGCUCUCCUGUUGUUUUAUUUUUUUAUUUCUCUCUCAACUGUCUAUACUAUAUACCUUGAUUUUUAUUUUGAUUCCUGGUCUGUUUUAAAGUCAUGAGGUCAUGCUUGCUUAAAAAUAGAGCGUUGUGUUUUUAUACUGCAUUUUUUUUUACUGGUCAUUGCUGUGAAUGUAGGAAUAGACAGGUUGUCUAAGGCAAGGUGGCUUGGUGUUGGCAAGGUAUGUGACACAUGCAAUAACUCACUUCAGUGCUGUAGUGUUGCUCAUGAUUGUUGUAUUUCAUCUGGUUUGCCGAGGUAGUGUGCACUUUUAAUGAGAGACAUUUCCUCCCUCACAGGCAAGUUUAGGAAGUCGGUAAGAAAGUAUGCGUUUUUACAUGAACUGUUCCUUAAUAUUGUGACUGCAAACAUGUUGCAAGUAUAUUGUAGUUUAUGUUGCUGCUUUUUUACAGGCCAGUUCAAGAGUUCAACAAGUUCAUGCCUUUGCAAAAUUACUUGUCCCCUUACUAUAUUUGAAAUGUUUCAAGUCCAUCAUUUCUGUAUAUAUUUCUAUAAUUGCUGGCAUUUCUAAACCUUUUGAUACGAUUAAAAAGCUUAAAUGCGAAAAGACUACUUUUUUGUCUGCCCAUUGUCUGUUGGCAUUCCUCCAGUAUAGGCCCUGUAGGUUUUUGGAGACUCUGACCUCUUCCACAGCAGUGAAUAAAGAGCUCUCCGCUGUAAGUACACCAUGUACAUAACUUGUAUGGCCCAGUUUCUGUUUUGCUGUCAAUGCAAUGUCUUUGACCAACUGAAACGUAAUGUAUUUAGCUAUCUAAAUGUUGCCCUUUUUUGGGUAAGUAUUUCAGGGCUGUAACCAAUUCAAGUUACUGAUGUCUCUUUCAAGCCUGUGAUUUGAUAAUUUUUCACAUGGGACUGUUAUUUGUAUCGAAAUCAGAUUUUUGCCACUCUUUUAGGAAUUGUCUCUCAGACGUUUUCAUAUAAAACUGUGAAAUAUAUAUAUAUGCCACUGUGCAGCACAAUGCUUUUGUCAACUAAGAAACAACAUUGUCUAGACAUGUACAUUUUUCUUGUGCUGUUAUUUACUGCAUAGACCUAACAAAAAGACCCUCAUGCAAAUGUCAACCAUAAAAUCUCUGCCUGUUUUUGUAAUCUCGGUCAUUUGAAGGCAUUCUGAUUUGAUUUGACUGUUCAUUAGUGGCACAAUGAGAGCCAUGCAAUGUUUAAUUUUGCAGUGUCAUCCCUGACCUUGCACCUUAGGUUCUGCAGCAAUAACACAGGUAAGAGCGUCCUAAGAAAUCGAUUAAACCUGUGACCUAGUGUAAUGCAUAUACUUGCAAAACGCAGCAAAUGACCUCAAAUGAUAGAUGUCAAAGUUUCUUGCAGUUAACAGACAUGUCAGUAUUUAGCAUUAAAGGUCUGUGAUGAAGUAAUGAAAUGCAUGGCAUUGACCACAAACCAAUUUGUUUUUCCUCUCCCAAUAUAUUAAGAUGUAAUGCAGAUUAGUAUCUUUAGAUUUGUUACACUAUCUUUGAUAUAUAUAUAUACUCAAUGUUAUUGACUGUUCAUUGUUAAAACAUUGGUAAGUGUUAAGAUUGCUCAUAUUCCAUAGUAAUUGUUUCAUCUGCCUUAUUACUGUUCCACAUUGCAUGCAGAUGCAGAUUAAUUCAAAGUCAGCCCUGUGUAUGAACUGAUUGAUUGAUUGAUUUGAUAACACUGACGUAUACUGUGUGUAUGCUCAUGUUUCAUUGGAUUUGCAAGCUUUAUUGAUGCCCCUCUGUAGUGCUAAUGUUUGUCCCACAUUGCUGCCUUCAUUCUCACUCACAGUGUUGAAGACGCUGCAGGUGUAGUUCAUAGAAAUCAGGUCCUGAGCUAGUUUGUCCGUAAGGAGGAAUCCUUUGAGUCUGUCCCUCCGCUGAACGUAGACUGUUCGAGGGCUCCAAUUAUAAGGUAAAAAUAUGUCAUGAGGAAUCUGUCAUUGCAAAGUCAAUGUUUUUAAGUUUAGGGCGAUGUUGUUUUGAUGAAACUCGUGUUUUGAUAUAGAAAUAUCUAGCUAUGUUUCUGUAUUAUUGGUUGAAAAAUGGCUCUCUGAAAUGUUCUUUGAGUACAUGCUUUGCCUUUUGCUGAUAAGCGUAGGGAAUUUGUGCAUAAAUGCUAUACAGGUGGACCAUGACCAGGAAUUUUUCUUUUUUUGGCCAGACUGAUCUUUAGUUUGGCACUGAUACGGAGAGUUGUCUUUAUACUUAGUUUGUACAUUGCUGCAUAUCUUUUUGUAUGCAUGCAAGAUGUGCUUUCCUUUUGAGCAAAUUGUUCACAACAGAAUUCGUGGGGGUCUAAAAGCGAAGAGAAAAUCGGAGGCUAUCUGAGAAAUUUGGAGCAUGCCUUUGAGGUAAAACACAAAUGCUAUCAUGAACUGUUAAAGAUGAAUGUACUUUUGCUUUUUUCAAUAAGAAUUGUUGGUUUGAAAUGUUGGUUGUUGCCAUUAAGGUUGUUGCCAUUGUCAAUAAAAUUGUUAUCUUUGAA